AUGAGUCUCGCCCAGCUCCAGUCAGAACGCGCCGACUAUGAGCGCAACCAGAUGCUCGCCGAGGUGCCUGAUCUGGAAGAUGCCCUCGCCAUGAAAGCAGAGAUCGUCGCCCUGCUCCAAGACGUCGACUCCAGAAUUGCCGCACUCAAGCCAGAACCUUCCGCCAGUAAACCAGAACCCGCCCAGUCCAGCGAGAAAUGGAGCAAGGAGAAUCACCCGGCAUUCCGCAAACAGGCGCCAACUGCGGCUCCUGCAGUCGAAGAGAAGAAAGCCCCCAUCUCGUUCAAGGUCAACGAUACGGUGCUGGCAAAAUAUGCAGGCGACAAGCAAUUCUACGAAGCCCGCAUCAUUUCCGUUACCGGCUCUUCAGCUGCCCCCAUCUACACUGUCAACUUCAAGGGCUACUCGGGCACUGAAACAUUGCGUCAAGAACACUUGCGCCCUCUCCCGACAGCUUCAUCUUCGACUUCUCAGAAGCGCAAAGCUGAUGGCUCUCCUGCAGUCUCCGUACCAUCUACACCCACAGUCAGCACUCCGAUCCCCGGUGUCAUCUCUGCCGAAGCCAACAUCAAUCCUGCCUUAGCAAGCGCUGCAAAGAGGGAUCAGAUUAAGCCGCUAGACGGUGACAAAAAGCCUCCAAAGAAGGUGAAGACCUCCAAGGCGCUUGAAUCUAGUAAGAACAACUGGAAGUCCUGGCAAUCAAAGGCCUCUACAGGUAAAGCUGCCAAGGUUGUCCAGAAAGAGAGCAUGUUCCGCACAGGUGAAGCUCCUACCGCAAGAGGCUCUGGUCAAACCAUGCGCAAGGAUGUCGAGCGCACUCGUCACAACUAUACUCUUGACUAA